AUGCCUAAAUCCAGCAACCUAGAACCCAGCCCCAGGAUUUGUGCCUCGAAGCUCGCAUACAAAACAGUCAACGAAAUUUGGGAUCAUAAGGAGCUUAUAUAUAAAAUUUUCGACUCCCCACCGGCCCAAGAUGUGACUGAGUUAGAUGAAUUCGUUUUCGUUAUUCGCAAACGCAUUGACAGAAACACAAGUGAGGUCACAGAUUAUAUUGACAUUAAAUCGCCGGGUCUGCGAGACAUCUUGAGGAUGGUCUUGAAAGAUAUUCGAACAGCGGGUCUUGAGUCAGAGAAGCCUGCAACUGAACAGAAUCUAUUGUAUCAUUUCCUUCCUGACCUGAAAGACUAUGCUGGACGUAACUCAGAAAAUGAGGUCUUGACUGACACUGAGCUUCAUCUCAAUUUGCUAAUUCAGCAUCUGGAAGAUGCCUACCAGUCGAUAUCCGAUCAGCUUGACUCCUUACUCAGCCAUGGAAAGAUAACUUGGGAUCUCUUAUCGGCGCUUUUUAAACCUGGUACACUGGUCUUCAUGGUUUGUCCUUCCACCGGUCUGCCCCGAUGUGUUCGGUAUAAUUUUGGAGAGGAAAAGAGGACGGUCAGAAACGGUCCCUGCUUUCAUAUUAACAGCCAGUAUUUCGAUUUUGACGGAGACGCGUUUGGAGAAUUUGCCGUGGAGUACAUCGAAGACAUCAAGUUCUCGGAUUCUGCUUUUGAUAUGUUGACUAUCCCGGAAGAUAAGAAGAAAGUUAUCAAAUCUCUCACUGAGAGCCGUGUUAGUGCAACAAACGAGGCCGGUUUUGACGAUAUCAUCGUAGGAAAAGGACAAGGGAUCAUCAUCUGUUUGCACGGUCCUCCAGGAACUGGGAAGACUCUCACAGCCGAGGCCAUGGCUGAGCGGCUUCAACGCCCGCUCUACUCGGUAUCCGCUGGAGAUCUUAGCACGAAUGCGGAAGAGCUGGAUGUCCAGCUUACCCGUGCUUUCCGCAUCGCUAGUGACUGGAAAGCGCUGGAACGAAACCGGCUUGUCGCGACAUUCCUUCGAACGAUGGAAUAUUACAAUGGAAUCUUCUUCCUCACCACCAAUAUGCUCGAGAAUUUUGAUGAAGCCAUUCUCGAUCGGAUCCAGCUCAACCUUCGAUACGAUAACUUAAAUCCUUCCGCUCGACGAAAGGUUUUCGAGCAUUUCUUGGAGGAAGUGAAGGCAUGUGUUGCGGAGACCGACAUUGAAAUAUUCGCCGAAAUCGCAUUGAACGGUCGUCAGAUCAAAAACAUUGUUAAGAUCGCCUAUAAUGUCGCUAUGUGCGAGAAUAUGACAACACGCGCCAACCAUAUUCGAACAGCCCUCACUGCAAAUGGGCACAGCAUUCCCACUCAAGUCACAAGGCUGUCUGAUGACACUUUAUACGAUUAG